AUGGAGCGCUCCGAGCAACAAGUCCUGAGAGCAACGACAACCGGACCCACCAGCAUCAGAUUAAGCUGGAACCUCAUACAGGCCGCCAGAGGCUACCGACUGGAAUGGAAAGCCGGAGAGAGAGGCAGAGUUCAGAAGCAAGAUUUCCCACAAAGCACCACCAACUAUGAGCUCAGAAAUCUGCAGCCGAGCACCGAGUACAUCAUAACUCUGUUUACACUCUACGAUGGGCGAGAGGAAGCCACUUUCUUUUCAACCAAAUCAACAGUAGAGCAGUCAGUCGGUCGUGUCACAAACCUGAGGGUGGUGGAUUCCAUUGGAAACAUUAUACGAAUAGGAUGGACAGGAGUCGCUGGGGCAACGCAGUACAACAUCAUCAUACUUAAUACGGAAUCAAACACAGAGGUGAACAGAAGACUUCCUGGGAAUCAGUCCACUUUUGACCUACGGGACCUCAUUGACGGUGUGCGCUACGCUGUCAGUGUGACGGCACUAGUUGGAUCCAAUGAAGGGGAACCAGCAACAGUGUACAUUAAAACAGAACCACCACUGAGGGUGACCAACUUGCGGGUAGUUGGCAGCAACAGUCGACGAGUCAGGAUUGCAUGGAGUGGUGUUACUGGGGCGACAGGUUUCCGGGUUACCUGGAGACAAAGCAAUACUCCAGAGGAAUUCCGUGUCUUAGGUGGCGAUAUCACUACCUACACUAUAGAUGGGCUGCAGCCAGAUGAUUCUGUUGUUGUGGGUGUUGCUCCAGUGAUUGAUGGGAAAACUGGAGAAGUGGUUUCUGUGUCUACUAGAACCAGUGGUUCUACUGGAAUAGUCACAGGGCUACGAGUCGUUGAAGCAACAUCCACAAGGAUACUAAUAACCUGGACUCUGGUGAAUAGAGCAACAGGCUAUAAAAUCACCUGGCGGCGUAGUGAUGGAGUGGAAGACUCUGAGAAUGUGCGCGCUGAUGUGGCUUCCUAUGCCAUUGAUAGACUCCAGGAAGCUGCAUCCUACCAAGUAUUAGUCUCCGCCCUUUUUAACUCACGAGAAGGACCUGCUGCCACUGUGACUGCAAGGACAGAUCAGACCAUAGUGGGUCGCGUCACCAAUUUACAGGUGCUGGAGGCCCAAGGGGAGGUUGUUCGAGUCAGCUGGGUUGGAGUUCAAAAUGCGACAUCAUACAGAAUUCUCUGGAAGAGGACAGAUGGUGAAGAGGAGCAGAGUCAGCUGGUUGGUGGGAACGUAACAUCAGUGGACCUGAGGCAAUUGGAUGAAGGAGCACAGUACGAGGUUAAGGUUUUGGCACUAGUCCGGAACAGAGAGGGCCCACCUGUCUCUGUCAGAGUCACCACGGGGGGACAGAGGGUGACAAGAGUAGAGGGUUUGCGUGUUUUGGAUUCGACCCCAGGGGGGCUCCGUAUAACCUGGAGAGCAGUGAGUGGAGCCAGCUCAUAUCAAAUCUAUUGGAGGUCUUCACAAGGUGAGCCUGAAUCAAGUCGUCUGAUUAGUGGUGAUGCAACUUCGUAUACCCUUGAUGGACUGCGUCCUGGUCUAAGCUACACUAUAAGGUUGUCUGCUGUGGUGAACAGUGAAGAGACUGAAGCUACCUCUAUCAGAGCAACCACUGAUGCCCUACCACCCGUGACUGGUUUGAGUGUGACAGACAGUACUGAGAAUUCAGUCCUUUUAGGCUGGUCACCAGUAAUUGGAGCUACAGGCUAUAUUUUACGCUGGACAGAGGAAGAGGACACAGGAACGGGUCAGUCUGAAACGCUGCCCGGAACAGCCACCUCGUACCGUGUGAUCGGUCUACGACUGGGCCGUCUUUACCGUUUCACUGUGCAACCCACCUUCCAAAACCAGGUUGGACCUGAGACCACCGUGGAGGAACGAACAGUGUGUGUUGGAGGCCGUUUGGAUGUGGUCUUCCUUGUUCCUGCGUCUCGUGAUCGCUCUGGCCUGGGAGCACGUGUGUUGCCUCUGUUAGCUAGUUCUGCUAGAUCCUUCACCUCCAUCGGUCCCAGAGACUCUCAGAUGGGGGUGGUGAUGUACAGUGAAGAUUCAAAAGUGCGCUUCCUCCUCAAUCGUCAUAGCAACAGUGAGACCCUUCUGCGGGAUAUUUUGUCCAUCCCAUUCAAUGACAGACCAGGAAAUAAUAUAGGCCGGGCAAUGACAUACGCGCGUCAGUUUUUGCUAAGCACUCCAGCAGGUCGAAGGUCUGGCAUUCCUGGGGUGGUUGUUAUUAUCGCUGACGAGAAGUCAACCGAUGAUCUUAGCAAACCUGCUGCCACUGUUAGAGCUGAUGGUGUGACGGUGUUGGCGGUAGGAAUUGGACGUGCAGACCCUACAGAGCUGCGUUUGGCAGUGACUGAUGGCAGCACUCAGAAUCUGAUCUUUGCUCAAGACACAAAUCAACUCUAUGGUCUCCACCCCGACCUGGCAGACCUCCUCUGUGGCCUUGCACGGGGGACCGGUGUCACGACAGGGCCUUGUACUGUAGAGUGCCCCAGAGGUGCUAAAGGGGAACAGGGUCAGAAGGGUGAAAGAGGCAGAGAUGGGGUAGAUGGAAGGAAAGGCGAGCCUGGUCGUGAUGGUUUACCGGGUCGUGAGGGCCCCAGAGGACCAGAGGGGCCACCAGGUCAACCAGGCAGUGGUCUGGGAGUGAGAGGAGAGAAAGGCGAGAGAGGUUUUCCAGGAUUGGACGGCAGUCCAGGUGUUCCAGGUCGUUCUGGUGCAGUUGGACUACCAGGCAGUCAGGGAUUACCAGGUGUUAGAGGAGACCCUGGAGAACCAGGUCUUGUGGGGCCUCUGGGAUUGAAGGGAGAGAAAGGUGAAAGGGGGGAAUCUGGAUCUGCUGUUGGAGGAGGUUUACCAGGCCGUAAAGGAGAGCCAGGAAUCCCAGGGAUCUCUGGCACUCCUGGUCGCCCAGGUGUGGAUGGGGCAAAAGGAGAGGCAGGUCCACGAGGUCUGCCUGGACAGGAUGGUCGCCCUGGGUUGUCAGGCUCUCCAGGGCUUUCUAUUAAGGGUGACAAAGGCAGCCCUGGUGACAGGGGUCCUCCCGGAGUGGGCAGUGGGGUUGCUGCUAAAGGAGAUGCCGGUGAACCCGGAAGUACUGGACCGCCUGGUCCACAGGGCCCACGAGGACUGACUGGACAAAAAGGAGCUAAAGGAGAAACUGGAGAGAGUACUGAGGGUAAACCAGGACCCCAAGGAAACACCGGAGACCCUGGCGAUCGGGGUCCCCGGGGACCUCCGGGUGAAAUCGGAAGUAAGGGUGACCGAGGACAGACUGGAGCUCCUGGUUUAGAUGGAGCCAAGGGUGACCGAGGACUUUCAGGUCCAGCAGGAGAAAAGGGAGAUAAAGGUUUACCAGGCCCCGCUGGACCUCAAGGACUGAGGGGUUUGCCAGGGAGCAAUGGCCUUCCUGGAGAGAAGGGCACAGAGGGUGCAAAAGGGGAACCCGGAAGCAGUCAGGGUCCAGGUUCAUUUGGGAGAAAAGGAGAGCGGGGUGAAAGGGGCUUUGCAGGUCCUGAUGGUGUUAAAGGUGAUAAAGGAGAUGCAGGACUAAAAGGGGAAAGGGGUGCCCCUGGAGCAGGAGAGCCCGGCCAACCCGGACCUAAAGGGGACCAGGGCGAUCGGGGUCUCGCUGGAUUGUCUGGAAAACCCGGUGCGAAGGGCAGUCAAGGUGACUCAGGGGAGAGAGGGGAGGCGGGCAAUCCUGGUUCGCAGGGCCCCAUGGGCCCCAGAGGGAAAGAUGGACUAAAAGGAGACAAAGGAGAAGAUGGUAUUUCAGGAGAAUCAGGGUUGCCAGGUAAACCAGGGGAGAGAGGUCUAAGAGGAAUAACAGGUCAACCAGGUCAACCUGGGCCAAAAGGAGACACGGGUGAUCCGGGGGAAGAUGGACGAAAUGGUACCCCAGGCCCCAGCGGACUAAGAGGCCAAAAGGGCGAGCAGGGAAUACAAGGUCCCCCUGGGCCGUCUGGAGAUGUGACAACUGGAGAGAAACAGCUAAAAGGUGACAGAGGAGAAAAGGGAGAGGCAGGUGACCCAGGGGAGCAUGGGGCUAAAGGUCAAAAGGGUGAAGGAGGAGCUCCAGGCCCUGCAGGACCAAGCGGACCUGAGGGGCAGCGUGGUCUACCAGGAGCCAGAGGUGACCCAGGUGAUAGGGGCAGUCCAGGAGAGAAGGGAGAAAGAGGAGUGGCUGGAUUGGAUGGACGACCCGGGCAGGAUGGGAAACCUAGUCUUCCUGGAGCUCCCGGAUUACGGGGUGACCCAGGAAAACAAGGAGAUCCUGGGCGAGAUGGAUUGCCAGGACUAAGAGGGCCUCAGGGGCCUUCAGGACCACCUGGUCCCCCAGGAACUGAUGGCACACCUGGUAAAGCAGGGGAGGAUGGGAAACCAGGACUGCCUGGAAAAGCUGGUGAGGACGGCGUGCCAGGAGAGGAUGGUCGAAAGGGAGACAAAGGAGAGCAGGGGGCCGCGGGAAGAGACGGUCGGGAUGGGAUAAAAGGUGAUCAGGGUAUUGGAGGACUUAUUGGCCCGCAAGGUCCCAUUGGACCCCCCGGAGUUCCUGGAAACGUCGGACCACCAGGACCUGUGGUCUAUGUUAAAGGGGAGCCGGCAGUGCCUAUUCCAGGGCCGCAGGGUCCUCCAGGAACCCCUGGUGUACCUGGAGUUCCAGGAGUUGCUGGAGCAAGAGGGGAAAGAGGUCUAACAGGCUUGAAAGGAGACGUGGGUGAUCCAGGAGAGGAUGGCAAACCAGGAACUGUAGCAGAUGUGAAGAGAGCGUUCUCAGAAUUUGGCAUUGAGAUCCGAGAACUGAAACUAUUAGUUGAUGACCGAAGCAAUCUGAUAUCAAAGAUGCCACUGGCGGAGGGAAAGAAGGGCGAUAAAGGAGAGGUCGGACCUAGAGGCCCUGCGGGUGCAGAUGGUGCACGAGGUGUUCCAGGUGAGCGAGGUAUGAAAGGAGAGCAUGGCGAGAAUGGGCCACCUGGCCCACAGGGUCCUCCAGGCAGGGCAAUUGGAGAGAGAGGCCCAGAGGGUCCGCCAGGACAGGCAGGUGAACCCGGAAAGCCAGGAAUACCAGGAGUACCAGGACGAGCCGGUGAGCUUGGAGAAGCCGGCAGACAUGGGGACAAGGGAGAGAAAGGGGAUAAAGGAGACAGGGGGCAAAGUGGUCCGGCUGGAUUGCCUGGCCUAGUAGGGCCUCCAGGACCAAAGGGCGAUUCUGCCACCACUCAGAGUGGUUUGCCUGGUCCAAGGGGUCUACCAGGCCCCCAAGGUAUCAGAGGUGAGCCUGGUGCGGUAGGGCCUCCAGGAUCUAUGGGAGAGCGGGGCUACACAGGUGCUCGUGGUGAGAAAGGAGACAAAGGAGUCAGUGGAGAGCGUGGACAAGAUGGCUCCCCGGGAAAUCAAGGAGAUCCAGGAAAACAAGGACAGGAUGGGAAACCGGGCUUGCCUGGGUUCCCAGGAGUGCUGGGCAGACCGGGGAAUCCAGGAGAACCAGGAAUAAGAGGACCAACUGGUCCGAUGGGUGGAAAUGGACCCCCAGGGGCUCCUGGUGUGAAGGGUGACCAAGGAGAACCAGGCAUUGGAGUUCAAGGCCCUCCUGGACCUCAGGGCAACAGAGGGUUACCUGGACCUGCAGGCACUCCUGGAGCCAUAGGGCCACAAGGACCCCCAGGGCUUCCAGGACAAGUGGGAGAGGGGGGCAAGCCUGGUGUCCCAGGGAGAGAUGGUGUUCCAGGGAAAGAGGGCCUGCCAGGAUUACCUGGGAAACAGGGUAUUGCUGGACCCAUUGGCCCCCCAGGACUUAAAGGAGAGCAAGGUGACAGCGGUCCACCAGGAAAGUCUGUCACCGGACCCCCUGGAAUGAAGGGUGAGAUGGGACCUCCUGGUCAGACAUUGCCAGGCACUAUUGGAGAAAGAGGCCUUCCUGGAUUAUCAGGCCCAAAGGGAGACAAGGGGCCAGCGGGGAUAAAAGGAGAAAGAGGGGCUGCGGGUGAUCCUGGAGAACCUGGGGAAAAUGGAAUGAGAGGCCCACAAGGGCCCAAAGGAUUCAAAGGUGAGGCAGGCGUGGGGAUGCCUGGGCCUCCUGGACAACUUGGACCCAUCGGCUUAAAGGGUGACCCUGGCUUGCCAGGUCCUCCAGGCCCUCCUGGACCACGUGGAUUGGAUGGGACACCAGGACUGGCAGGACAGAGAGGUGAAGCAGGUCAGCCAGGACCCCCUGGACCACAAGGAGAGAGGGGUCUACAAGGAUUUAUAGGCAAAACAGGAAACCCAGGAACAUCUGGAGCUGAUGGACAACCAGGACCCACUGGUACUGCGGGCCUUCCAGGACUCAAGGGCGAUAAGGGUGAAAUUGGAGUUGGAGUGCCAGGUCUAAGAGGAGAGCGAGGAGACCUCGGGCCUCGGGGAGAAGAAGGUCGGCCUGGAACAGAUGGAGAGAGAGGCCCUACUGGUCCUUCUGGCAGCAAAGGGAACAGAGGAGAUAAGGGCGAGCAAGGUCCUUCUGGAAUUAAAGGCGAAAAGGGAGAUACUCUGCUGGUGGGAGGGCCUCCAGGAGACAAAGGAGUAAAAGGAGAAACUGGGGAGCGAGGACCUAAAGGUGGACAGGGUGAAAAGGGUGCAAAAGGACAGGAAGGACCACCAGGAGAACAGGGUCUGAGAGGUGAGCCAGGAGAGAGAGGUUCCACUGGUUUCCAAGGAGCCCGUGGUCCUGGCGGUCAGAAGGGAGAAGCAGGGCAGCCAGGUGUCCCAGGUGAAGCGGGAACACCUGGUAAAGAUGGUCUGCCUGGCAUGAGAGGAGAGAAGGGAGAGGUUGGGCACCUAGGUCUCAGAGGCCUCAAGGGAGAACGAGGCUCCAAGGGGCUAUGUGGACCAAGCGGACAAAAGGGAGACAAGGGAGAUGCUGGGAUUAAUGGUAGACCAGGAUUGCCAGGGAGGAAAGGAGAGCAGGGUGAAGUCGGGUCUCAAGGUCCCACAGGAAGUCCAGGGAAGGAGGGGCUCAUUGGCGCCAAGGGUGACAGAGGCUUUGAUGGAGUUUUGGGGCCAAAGGGAACACAAGGAGACAAAGGCGAACGGGGCGCAUCUGGUAUCCCAGGCCCUCCUGGUCCGAGAGGUGUGGAUGGACCCUCCGGUCUAACAGGCCCUCAAGGACCUGCUGGAGGUAAAGGUCCAGAGGGUCUGCAAGGACAAAAGGGAGAAAGAGGUCCUGCAGGCCCGGCUAUGGUUGGUCCACGUGGCAUACCAGGGAUCCCAGGAGAGAGAGGAGAACAGGGUGAGAUGGGCUCUGAUGGACCUAAAGGAGACAGAGGAGAACCAGGCAUGACGGAGGAUGAAAUUCGGGGUUAUGUUCGAACUGAGAUGAACCUGCAUUGUGCUUGUGGAGGUGUUCAGGACGUUCAGAUACCUGUAGGAGUGCAGACUUACCGAAGUAGCUCCUCCACGUCCCCUGGGCGCUCACUAACCCGAGGGGACGAGGAGGGUCCAAAGCUGCGUGUGGUGAUGAACACAAAUGAUCCAGACUAUGAGCACAUUUACUCUAUAGAGACCUAUGAUGAUGACGCUCCAGUGGUGGAGAUUUCUGACUAUGACACCACUGUUAAUAAAAGCCAGAGUCAAACAGUCUCUGUUGAUUCAUUAAAAGCUGAAAGGACAAAAAGAGAGGUGAAAAGUGAAGACUCUUGCAUCUUGCCCAUGGAAGAGGGUGACUGUUCCCGGUUUACUCUGCGCUGGUACUUUAAUUCUCAGGUGGGCGCCUGUAGACCUUUUAUCUACAGCGGCUGUGGAGGGAACGCUAAUCGCUAUUUACAGAAGGAAGAGUGUGAGAAACUCUGUCUGCAACAGUAAAAAGAGUUGUGUUUUAGUUUGAAGACAAGAGCUGACUGUAAAUGGAUCUCUAACUCAUCAACAAUAUAAAAACCUAAACCUCAGUGUUGAACUCUGCCAUCAUGCACAAGAGAUUGAGGUAAAGACUGAUGUCAACACCUUUUCCUCAAUGGGACAAGCAAAUUUUAAAUAUUGAUCAGAUCUUAAAGAUCUUUUUCUUGUUUAUUUAUUUUGUGUCUGUUGAGCUGCCAAACAACUGUUAAUCUUGCUGCCAGUCUAGAUUCAUCUAGUCAUAUUGUACUGCAGACAAAGGUAAAAUAGAAACAUUGUUUAUAACAUAACAUACUGUCCAUGUACGGAUCCACAAAAACAUUUAGGUAAAUAAGUUUAUACGCAAAUAUACAUGUACGUUAGUCGCAGCAUACCACAUUAUCUUUCAAUUUUCACUUAAUCCUUGAUGCCAAAAUAUUUACACCCACUGACAUUUUCUCAGGUGCUAAAAACAGAAACGAGAAUACAGUGUAAUAUUCCAGUUCUUAAAGAAUUGAUCUUAGACUCGUUCUUAGAAUAAAUCUAUGCUGUACAAAAUUGUACUGUACAUGUAGAUCUGUAUUUGUAUCUGUUUGAAAAGGAGAAUGAAUGUUCUUUCAUUAUCAGAUGUUGCAUGUUUACUUGGACAAAUGGUGUUAUUUUUAAAGAUAUUUUUAUAUUGCUGAUUGAUUUUUAUUGUUUUUCAUGUAUUCUAUUAAUUAUAUUCAGUAUUUGUGUUCCAUUUUAGUAUAUGGAUUACACUUCUACAGACCUGUUCAUUUAAAGUGAUGGAGCAGUUUACAUUUUUAUUUGCACAAGACUGUCUGUCUGCCAGUUUUAAUGGCACAUAAAAAUUUUCCAGGUAUACAUUCAUACACUGUAAAGUGAUCAGACUUUUCUUCUUGUUCAACAUUUGCUUGGAAUAAACGUCAAUAUUUAAAGGGGAAAAUAAACAUGAGACUAGACAAAAUGUU